AUGACGACCGUGGUCCCUACGUCCGAAGAGGAUCCAGCCCUCUCCGUCGUACGUUUCACCUCCGAACUCUCAUGGUCCGACGCCGGUCCCGAGGUUGCGGAACAACAAGUGAGCAGGCUGUGCGUGGAAGCGCAAGAAUGUAUGGUGAUGAAUCGGUGGUUGGAUUUGACUUCUUUAAUGUUAACUUCUGCAGACAUUGUUUUUUCAAACUCCAAGGUUUCCGAGAAAGAUCUUGAGUGUAUCUUCACUGUCAUUUGCAAUCUUGUCACCAAGUCCAAAAGUCCAGAUGAAGAACUUGAGAUGACCAAAAUUAUAUGCGCAAAAAUUAUUCAACAACCAAGUGACAAGCCUGCGUUGCGCCUAAAGAUCUUGUUCAAUCUGUACAACCUACUGGAUAAUGCAUACUGCCGGUUCUAUGUUUACAUGAAGGCCCUAAAUUUGGCUAUGAUUGGAAAAGUCACUGAACAUGUCAUUCCUUCUUGCAAAAAGAUUGAUAGCUUCUUGAAAGAGUGGAAUCUUGAAGUUCAGGAUGAGAGAGAGCUUUUUCUCAGUGUUGCUAAUGCUCUAAAAGAUAGUAAGAGCUCUGUAAAGGAUUCUUUCAAAUUCUUGACCAAGUAUUUAGCAACUUUCUCUGGCGAGGAUGCUUAUAAAAUGGGUGAAGCCAAGGAGGAAGCUGCGCGUACUAUUAUUGAAUUUGUUAAGGCACCUGAAACAUUUCAGUGUGAUCUACUAGAUAUGCCUGCUGUUGCACAGUUGGAAAAGGAUGCUAAAUAUGCAUUGGUAUAUCAGCUCCUGAAGAUCUUCCUGACUCAGAGGCUGGAUGCUUAUUUGGAGUUUCAAGCUGCAAAUUCUGCUCUACUGAAAAGCUACGGUCUUGUUCAUGAAGAUUGUAUAGCGAAGAUGCGGUUGAUAUCAUUGGUGGAUCUGGCUUCACAUGAAUCUGGUCAAAUCCCAUAUUCCCUCAUCAAAGAUACUCUUAGGAUUGAUGAUAAUGAGGUGGAAUUAUGGGUAGUGAAAGCAUUAACUGCUAAGUUAAUUGACUGUAAAAUGGACCAGAUGAAUCAAGUUGUGCUUGUGAGUUCCUGUACAGAGCGUGUGUUUGGGCAACAACAGUGGCAGGUUCUUAGGACAAAGCUUGGUACAUGGAGGGGUAAUAUUGCAAAUGUCAUAAACACCAACCAAGCUAACAAGAUUGCUGAAGAUAGCUCACAGGCAGCACAGGGAUUGAUGAUUCGUUAG